UUGGAAACUAUUUCAGGUCCUGAAACAGCUGAUGUGGGGUGGAUUAUUUUGGAAAAAAGGAAUAAAAGAGAGGUGAUUAAGACUGAAGAUGCUAAAGGUUUUAGGCUUUAUCCUGUGUGGUCUCCUGAUGUCUUUGCGAAGUUCAAAUGCAGAAAGCACUAUCAUCUCUCAAGAAGCAUAUGAGAAGGCUUGUGAAGAUUCAACGAAGGGCCUUUUUGAGUCUGAAAUGAGCAAAUUCACAUUCCCAGAAUUAAAAGUGGAUUCAAUAGCUAUCAAAGGGUUGUACGUCAUGAAUGUUACAAUUCUUCCAAUAAAGGCCAAGUGCGUCCCUGGAGUUGGGGUCAAGGUGUAUUUUUCUGCUCUUCUGAGUAUCUUUGGUACUUGUGGAAAUGUCCUUGUGCCUGGUGUGGUCACUGGCACUGUAAGGUUAAACUGCAGUGCACUGAUUCUGCUGGCAAACUACUCACCAGACAACAGUUCUGUCGGUGUCAGGGACUACACAUGUGAUGCAAGUCUGAUAGAUGUCAAAAUAAGCUUGAGCAAUGUUGACGUAAGCGUGAAAGCCGCAUUAAGAAACAACGUCCUGUUUGAGUUAAAAAACAAGACACCUAAAAUACUUUCGAGUUGCUUUUCCAUUGGGCACAGGAAGUUACUGCAUCGUAUAAAUUCUGUAAUUGCAUUUGAGACAGGAAAAAUCAUAUAUGUGCCCAGGCCCCCCAAAGUACAUAACUACUCCAUUGAAAUACCUCUGCAGACUCAAUAUGAGACCAGUGAUGGGAAGAGAAUUCCCAUUCCAUCUCUGCCAGCCAGCCCUGAGGUAAUGCUGGCAGCAAAUGGCACAACUGAAACCAUUGUGGAGAAUACAUUUACCACUAUUCUCUCCCGGAUAGUCUUUGAGAAACCCAAGACCAUCCCUUGCACCCCUGAAACAUUCCCCGAGACUCGUGCUCUUGAGGUGGCCCUCAACAAUACAAUUGUGUCUAAGUGCCCAGUGUGCUCAUCAUCUCCUUUCUCGCUUGUCGUCAUUGUUGAAGUGGUCACUCCUUUGAAGGUCCAUCUGGAUGUGAACUUGUGCACCAUGAAUAUUUCUCUUAACCUGGAGAUAAUGAGUAAAAAAGGAAAUGAGAGCUUGUUGGUUCUUGCUGUCCUGGAGGCUAAACUUGGUUUGGCAGCCACUCUUCACGUUACUGAAGGGAAAGUGCAAUUCAGCGCGGCCCUUGACAGCCUGGCUCUCUCGCUGGUUUCCUCAGUCAACGGCACCACUGAUAUUAAACUUCUUCAGGAACCCUUGAGAGCUUUUGUUCAAGAAGUUAUAAUAAAUGAAAUCAAUUCAUAUCUCAAAAUUGGAAAAAUCCCAAUACUUAGGAUCCCAGGACUGACGUACACAGCUGUCGAUUGCCGCCCUGCACAGCGCUGUAUUGUGUGCCAUAACUACCACAAGAAAAAGAAAAACUGACGUACGGGAUGAGUUGCUUGCUGUUGCAUCUCUUACACUGAACAGUAAAGACAGAGACCGUCAUGAGUGAAGAUAUUUUAACUCAUAUAAUUCUUUAUUCUAAAACUUUGAUUACUUUUUUUAUUUUAAUGGAGGAAAAACUCCUACAUCUGCUUUAGGAUUGCAGAUGAAGUACAGAGGAUCCAAACUAUCUCCUUGUUAAAAAUGCAUUCUACUAGAAGUACUAUUUUCCAA